CUUGGCGCUUUAACGCGCCGGCAACUUAACUCCUAUAAACUACUACCUUUUUCCACGGAACACCAGGCGACGGUGGUCGUUAAUUUAGGAAUCUGUCGUCCACGGCGCUCUUGUUAACCGGACGGACCGUCUGUUUCUCGCCUCCGAUAAUCAGAAACCGAUACAGAUAGAGACCUAAAACCCCUUCUCAACCGCCCUCGGGCAUUAGUGAUAAAUUGCUUGCCUGAGCAUGGGUUUAAGUUGAAUUUGGGGAGAUAUCGAUAUGGGCCCUGAUUUAGAGCUGAAAGAGAAGUCGAAGAUGGGGACGGAAGUGUUGUUUCCUAACAAGGAAAGCAGAAUGGCAUCUCAAGAUCCAGAAGACAAGUUAAUGCAUUCCGUUAACGAUUGUCACGACCACAGUUUUAAUAAGGAAACUGUAGUUGAAGGCCAAGCAAAAAUACCUGAUAAAAAUGAGGAUGUGGAGCUUGAUAUAACUGAAUGCAGUCAGUCUAGUGAGCAUGGACUGGUUGAUGGUGGAUUCCAGGAUGCAACUGAAACUUCCAGUUCAUUCAGUGACACAGCAAUGGGGGCUGAUAAUGAUGCUAUUGAGGGUGAUGCUGAAUCACCACUCUUAGAAGAUGGAACAAGGCAAUUGUUGUUUGAUGAUGAACAGUUUGGAAUGAGGAAGAGAAAGUUGACAGAUCAUUGGAGGAGGUUUAUAAGUCCUCUUAUGUGGCGCUGUAAAUGGAUAGAACUGCAACUUAAGGAAUUUAAGUCCCAAGCUCUGAAGUAUGAUAGAGAACUUGCAGAAUAUGAUCACAAAAAACAGGUUGAAUUUAAAAAAAUCACAUUUGAAGAUUUUGAUACUAAGUCACAACCAUUUUCUUUUCAAGUUCAAGGAAAGAAAGUAAUGAAGAGGAAGAAAAGAAAACGUGUUGAAGAGACUACUGAUAUGUCAACAUAUAUGUCUCAUCACAACCUUUUCUCAUAUUUUGCAUUUAAGAAAUCUGGUGCUGGAAAUGCUGCUGCCGAUGAUAAAUAUGGUAAUUCAGAUAUCAAGGCAAUCCAUGAAAAUGAUGACUUUGGGAUUAAUGAUGAAUGGACAUCACCCUUUGGGCUUGGAGAAGGUGAUGAUUCGUUGGAGCAGAUACUCUGGAGGAUUGAAGUGGUGAAGUCCCAAGUUUGCAAUCUAAUUGCACGAGUUGACAAGGUUAUGAGUGAAAAUCCUGGAAAGUUCUCCUCAAUUAAUAAAUUGACCUUGAUGGAUUGUGGAAAUGCUUCUCCUCCUGACAAUGGAGAUGAAAUUCAAAAGAGAUCUCCGCAUGUUUCAGUUCAGCCUAUUUCAGAGUUCAAGAUGGAAGAUCUAUAUAGGCACCAAAGUGCAGUUUCAAGUCAUGGAGAGGCUGAGGAAGAUAUUCUGAUACAGAAUAAGGCAGCCCAGGAAGAGUUGCGUAAUUAUGGAAGUGGUAUAAAUCUGCAGGAAGAGAAACCUCAAGCAUUAACAGAAAAGCCAGAAACUAUUUCUGCAGACCUGACUUCGGGUGGGUAUUUGCACACAAGAAGGCCAAAAACUGUUUCUCUUGCUCCAGGAGAGCGCUUGCCCACAAAGUUGAAAACUAUUUCUGCAGCCUUGGCUCCACAAGAGGAUAUGCCGACAAAGCCAAAAACUGUCUCUCUUGCUCCAGGAGAGCGCUUGCACACAAAGCUGAAAGCUAUUUCUCCAGCCUUGGCUCCUGGAGGGGACUUGCCCUCAAACACACCCAGGCGGUCUAUUAAACAAAAUUCAGAGCUACCUUCCACUUCCAAGUCAAAGGUCCCCACCAAGAAAAGGAAGAGAGGAAAGCGAAAAUUGGGGCGUAUAUAAUAGGGAGCCAGAGAUCCUCAACUAGGCUGGAGAUCAUAUCUGUACAUGGAACUCAGUUGAAGUAGAUUUCUGCUUCCUGCUGUAAAGAUGAUUCAUACAUCGUACAUGCUGUCUAUUCUAUCCCGCUGUGCAUCUUCGCUUCCUGCUCCCAUAUUCUGCUGCAUGGUAAUCUGUAAAUUUGCUUCUCUCCUGAAAGUGAAAAGAAAUGCCUCAGAUUUGAUGCUCUGCAGUAUACAAUUAGUAUUUUGUGUUAGGUGAUAUUUACUUGUCUAUUCCUUCAAUGCCUAGAGGAAAAUGAACGGAUUCUGGUGAUCUUGUUACAUUUAAGGUUUUGUCGGCUACUUUAACCAUUAAGUUAUCUUUCAUUUGUUUCUAAACAUCAACGAUUGUGCCAAUAUUUAUAUAUAGCAUGGAAAGAAGUAAGUGAUACAUUAGAACAGUGUCUUUCUUAGUUCUGAUAAUCUCUCGUUCAUCCUCUCUGCAACAAAUAAUAUUUCUGUAUUUAGCAGAUGUUUGUGGUUUUCAAAGGGAUAAUUCAAUUCUAUAAGAUCCCCAUUGCUGGAUAAUUUCAAC